AUGCUGAAGAGGGGUGUUUUUCAGUUGCUGGGGCUCGGCCGGUGCAUCAACAGAGAAUCUAGAAGGAAGAAAGACCUGGAAGGAGCUUCCAAUGACACAGAACCCAGAAGAAACAAAGAACUGGGAGGAGCUUCCAUACCAUUGGAUACGAGCUUACAAUUGUCAAGAGAUAUAUCUGUUAGGAUAGUUCAUGCAGGUGGGCUGGAGGAACUGUAUCAAAAUGCAGUUCCUGCAUCUCAGUUGAUGGAAAAAUAUCCUGGGAUGCAUGUUGCGCGGUCAGAAGUUUUCAAAAAUCCGCACAAGUCCCUAUUAUGUCCAGAAGACGACCUCUUGCCUGGUCAGAAAUACUAUAUAAUCCCAUCCUCUACUGUACAGAAAUUAAAGCGUAGACACCCAGAGAAGCCCAAAGGCGAAGAGGAAAACUGGGAUUGGAACUUCUCCAUCGAUGUAGGUGAAGAAAGUAUGGAGGACUCUAUUUGUUAUGCAAGUGACUUUUAUGCCUCUAAGGCAAGGUGGUCAAGAGACUCAAGAUCUUCAUCGAGAAAAGGUGUUAAAGGAAAAAGGCCUUUUAGGCCUCCCCUCCCAAAGGCAAAAUCAUGCAGAGGAUUGGGAUGGGAGCCCAGCCUAACUUCUGUCCAGGAGCUCUCUCCAUGA